GUUAUAUUAACUGUUCUAGGUCAAGAUGCAGUAUUGUUUCUAAUAUGAGAAUCAAGAUGUUUUGCUGCCUUCUUAACGUGAUAUAUGGAUCCAAAUAGGAUGUGGGCCAAAAAAUAAUGAUGUUCAUGCAACAAAGCAAGCGUGAAAUAUGUAUUCUGUCUGCAUCUGGUACGAUCUCCAAUGCAUCUCUCCGCCAGCCUGCAACAUCAGGUGGUAACAUCACAUAUGAGGGCCGCUUUGAGAUCAUUUCACUCUCUGGAUCCUAUGUACGGACUGAAACUGGAGGGAGGACUGGUGGGCUCAGUGUAUGUCUAUCAAGUGCAGAUGGCCAGAUUAUUGGAGGAGGAAUUGGUGGACCUCUAAAGGCUGCCGGCCCAGUUCAGGUUAUUGUUGGUACAUUUGUGAUUGAUAACAAGAAGGAUGUUAGUGCUGGUGCAAAAGGUGAUGCCUCUGGCAGCAAGUUGCCAUCUCCAGUUGGUGGGACUUCAGUAUCUAAUGUUGGCUUUCGCUCGGCUUUUGAAACUCCGGGAAGAAAUCCAAUUGGGGGAAAUGAUGAUCAUCAAAGUUUCGGAGGAAGUCAUUUCAUGAUGCAACCACGUGGCAUGCAUGUGGCACCUCGGCCCUCAGAAUGGAGGAGUGGUCUAGAUGAUAGAACCGGUUUUGAGUUGACAGGAAAAACAGGUCAUGGAGCUCAUCAAUCUCCUGAAAAUGGGGACUAUGAUCAAAUCGCAGAUUAGAUAUUGGUUUUUAUGGAUCAAAUUCUGUUUUGUGGUAGAUGUUUAUAUCACAACUUUUUUUCUUACAGAGCGAAUAGAUGUACAACUCCUUGCACCUUUCCCGGAGUGUAAUAUGAUAUAGCUGUACAGGUCGGCCCAUUACUCUUUUGUUAGUUGAUACUGAUUAGAGUAUGCCCCAUAAAUUAAGGAGAUGGCCUUUAAAAAUCCCAGUCCUUUGCUUAGUUGUUGAAAUGCUUUCUACCUAA